GAAAGAGAGUGGGAGACACUGAUCCACGCGUAAUACAGGAGUGACGCCAGCAGACGCCGCUCUGCGUCAUGCCUCCGUUACACAAAGCCUGGCUAUAAGGAAGGCGUGGAGGUACUCGACUGCCACACAACUCACGAUACAGCUGAGGACUCACGGCUGUACCCUCCUCGCUCCGGGAACCUCGAUCUCGGUCUGCCACUACGAAUACACGAAGACAGUACUUGGCCUUCCUCACCCUCGGUCCUCGUCACACACACAGCACGCAGACCGGUGGGAGCAAGGCCACGCUACGCCACCCGGAGCUCUCUGUAUACUUUCGAAGUUCUUUCACGAUGGUCAACACCAAAGUGCAAGGGCACCACCGCGGGCACCAGGGCCACCACACGCCCAACAAGCAGCUGCUGUGUGCCGUCUGCUGCCAGGCAUACAAUGCUGGUCAGAGGGACCCCGUGGAGCUGCCCCGCUGCGGCCACACCUUCUGCCGCCUGUGUCUCUUCCACCUACAAGGCCGACAGCAAAAUUUCCCUUGUCCCCUCUGCCGCACCCAGCACUGCGGCCCGCCUGUUGAGCGGAUGCCCGUCAACUUCCUCGCCAUUAGCCUCCUGGAGACGAUGGGGCAGGUUGAGAGCGACGAGUCCAGCGAAGAGUACCCGGCAGGGGAAGUGUGUGGCACGCAUGGCGCCCCGCUGCUGCUGUGGUGCCGCCAGUGCCGGCAGGUGCUGUGCGCUAAAUGUCUCUCCCAGCAGCAGCACGCCGGACACACCCUGCACGAGUUGCAGGCUGUUCUGGCGGAAAAGAAGAGUCACAUAGAGGAGGAGGCGAGGCACAGGCUGCGGGACCUGGAGAAGGAGAGGCAAAAGUUGACUAGAGAGGUGGAGUCCGUCGUGUCCACGCUGUCAAGGAUCUACAAGAAGAGCGAGGCGUUGGGGCGGCAGAUGCAGAGGGUCGAGAACAUCCGGAAAGUCACGACGGACACGGACAACCUGCAGACGGUGGCGAACUUGGAACUCGCACUCCACAGACUCCCAAAGCCCGGCAGCUUACCUCAAGAGCCGACGCUGGAAGACAAGUACAAUAACUUUAUCGCGGAGGACGAGGGGUCGAAGACGAACGACAACGAGGGGGGCCUCAAGACGUGGCCUCUGAUCAUGGACGUGGCUGGCGGCGGGAGGCACUGGCCCAUCAUCCCCUGGCAACACUUCACGGCCCAAGUCCCGGCCCUGCAACUCCUGGUCCCGUCGCCCGCUCCCGAGGUGUUCCUGCAGCUGGAGGUGGCUGGCGUCGUCCUGGGCCGCGUCCACAUACGUCUCUGGGGUCAUUUACGGCGCGCCCACCACUUCCUGGCACUCUGUCUGGGUACAUUCGGCCCCUCUUACAAGGGUGCCAAGUUCCGCACUGUCGAACGCAGGGGCGAACCCGGCGAGAGUCUGCGUGGCGGUGAUUACCCAGCGACGGACGGCAGCGGCACCAUGUGUCGGGGCGUGAUGGCAGAGCUGGAGUGGGGAGGCCAGCACGCCGGCCCCGUCAGGAAGGGUGUGGUGGGAGGUGGGGGCGGGGGGUGCCACGAGUCUGACGCCCUCUUCAACAUCUGCCUGCGGGACAAGCCUCACGGAAAGAUGUCCUGUCCCUUCGGCGAGGUGGUGUCGGGUCUGAGCGUGGUGAGUUACGCGGCGUACCAUCACCCGCUCACCGAGGUUACCAUAUCCGCCGCCGGCCUCGUCCUGCCACCCUACUGACGAUGAGCUGCUUCUUCAACGCCUUGUCUCGCUGCCUCGUACAUUCCCCGACACACACUUCCACGGUGCAGCUACUCCGGAAAUGUCCCUCGAGCUUACGUUUGCCAUGUUAUACUUUAACACACACACACACACACACACACACACACAUACACACAGUGCUAAUACAGUUCAUAAUCACAACUAUCAUCAUCGCCACCCACAUCAUACAUUAUUGCUCAUUCCGAAAGAAGUACUAGGUCUCUCCCUGUUUUGACUCCUAUUUACGGAAACAAGAAGUCGUGAUGGGUGAAGGGAACAGCGACUGAGAUAGGAGGGCAAGGAAAGGGUAAGGGAGGAAGAAGCGUCACAUCUGCGGUAUCACUAUUUCUCACCCUAAUUCAUAUUUAUUUCAAAUGACAGUCACACAUGCCGCAAUAGUUAUCCGUUGUUGUUUUUAUCUUCAUUCCAUCACGUAGGUUAAGUGUACCGUAUUAUUCUUUAAGUUAUUUUGAAGACUGUAUCUGAGCACUCAUGGCCUCUCUUUGUUAUGGUCCACAAUGAACGACGUUUCUUUAC